AUGGAUAGAAAACUUUUUAAUUUGGUUGUAUUUGUAGACCUAAAAAAAGCCUUUGAUACUGUUGACCAUGAGAUCUUAUUGCAAAAACUAAAACUAGUUGGAAUCACAGGAAGUGCAUUUCUAUUACUCAAAUCAUACUUAACUGGUCGUACUCAAAGAUGUGAAGUCAAUGGAUCUAUUUCAGGGGAAAACGACGUCAAAUGUGGUGUACCCCAGGGGUCUAUAUUGGGGCCACUAUUCUUCUUACUCUAUAUUAAUGAUCUACCUGCAUGUCUGAGUAAAACAAAACCACGGCUGUUUGCUGAUGAUACAAAUAUCACAGCAGCUGGAGAAUGCUUAAGUGAUCUUGAAGAUGCAGUAAACUCAGAUUUAGAAAUGAUUCGUAAAUGGCUCAUGGCAAACAAACUGAGCUUGAAUGUGGCGAAAACUGAAUUUCAAAUUAUUGGUACUAAACAGAUGCUGAAAAAAGCUUCUGUUCAGCAACUUAAAAUUCACAUUCAAAACAUACCCAUAAAGCAGGUUUUUCAAUGUAAAACACUAG